UGUUGGCUAGCCUGCCUCCAGUCACAGGGGAAAAAUUCAGAAGUAAAUUCGUCGUCUGUGAACACACAAAGACACACCAGAAAAAUCGGAAAAAAUUCCACCAGAAAUCUUAACAAAAUUUCUCUGAUUCGAUUUCGUUCCGACAAAAAAUUCCUUUCGGCCCUAACCAGAAAAAGCUUGUGCAAUAGAAACGAAUUGGCAACCAUUUUCCGUCGAGUGUCGAGUGUGUUUGUUGAAUUCAUAUCGCGUUAAGCGCUUCUUGUGUUACAGCUGACUUGGCCUUUUGGGACAAUAUGUGUGCCUGUGGCUCGUCGCUCUCCAAUAGCAAGUGAUCGAUAGAAUACAGAUAGGCCCGAUCCGGUCCAGACCUCCCAGACAGAUUCCGCUGAGACAGCCUGCUCCAGACAGCUCCCAGCUAAAGAAACCGCCUAGCCGCCAUGGGUAAGAAAGGCAAGGGAAAAGGCAAAAAGGGCAAAAAGGGUAAGAAGUCUGUUAUUGCGGCGCCGGUGGAGGCGCCACCGUGUCCGCCAUGUCCGGAGCUGCCAAAGCAGAUGCAGCCACUGGACGUGUGCCCAGAGUCCGCCGGGCCGCACGAUGUGCACCGUGCGCAGCCGAACCACUAUCCGGCCCUGCUUCGCAUCCCAGAGACGAUGGCGGUGGUGGGGUCGGAGAACGGGUGCUACGAUAGCAUCUGCAAGCUUCUCAGAGCCGGCUUCCGGUGCGCGGAGCGUGUUUUCGUGAUGGCUCCGUGGGGCAACUAUGUGGUUUUCCGCUACCAUAAUAACAAUGACUUCAUAUACUUCUUGUAUGACGGAUGCACUUGCGACGUCAAUCGAUUCCGAUACCUGGACCUCAGCUGCGGCACUGCCGGAUUCCUUUUUAUGGAAGCCCUGCAUGACGUUAUCAGCUACAUCCUCCAGUCGCGGAAGACGCGUCUCUAUCUGGAAAAUCUCAACAAGAUCGCCAUCGAUCAGAUCGUCGAGGAGUAUGGCGCAGUCACAUACACCCAGAAGUCAAAGUGCAUGCGGUUCGCCUGAGGUGGAUGAUCCCCAACUUUUGAUCCGAAAAGGUAUCCCAACAUAAGAAUUCGGAAUGAAACCAACCCGUUAACCAUUCGAAUUAAAUGCUUUGCUCGACACGACAAGGCCAGGCCAUAACCCUCCACCACCGCAGUAAAUUACAGUGGAUUAUUACAGUAAAUAAUUUAAAUAAUUUGGAUAAGCCAUAA